CCAUGUAUAAGUACUACAUACAGCACAUGUUUGGAAGCUGCAGAUCAUCACCUCGAUCAAGGAUCAAAGGCGUUGGAGCUGGAAAAUGGCAAUACAAGCUCAGAAAGUAGCAAAGACGAUUGGGUUGAGUCUUAAAAGUAGGCUCGUAUUGCUGAUUGUUUUGGUGGGAGUAUUCAAAGUGAAGGCACAAGGGCGUCUUCCUGUUGAUGAAGUUGGUGCCCUGAGAGAAAUAGCUACACAAUUGGGGAAGGAUGAUUGGAAUUUCAGUGUGGACCCAUGCAGCAAUGAAUCAAGUUGGUUCACAGCAGAUUACAGUUCCAAGCCUGAAAUGUACAACAAUUCUCUAAUCUGUAAUUGUUCAUUCCCUACAGCAACUGGCAAUGUCUGCCACGUGGUUUCACUAUUUCUUAAAGGGCAGAAUCUUUCUGGUGAGCUUCCGAAAUCCCUGGGAAAGCUGCCUUUCCUACAAAAGCUUGAUCUCAAUCGAAACUAUCUUUCUGGUAUAAUACCAUCUGAAUGGGCUUCUGCAAAAAACUUGAUAUUUAUGUCGAUUAGUGUAAAUAAGUUAUCAGGACCGAUCCCGAGCUUCCUGGGAAGCAUGACCACACUUGUAUAUUUGAGCAUAGAGACCAAUCUAUUUUCCGGAAGUGUUCCCCGUGAGCUUGGAAAUUUGAUUCACUUGGAGAAUCUUAUUCUUAGUGCUAAUAAUCUCACGGGAGAAUUGCCACUCGCUCUCACUAAACUAACAAAAUUAGCAGAACUUAGGAUUAGCAGUAACAGCUUCACCGGAAAAAUACCUGACUUUUUCCCUAGUUGGAAAAACCUUAAGCAAUUGGAGAUCCAAGCUAGUGGUCUCUAUGGCCCCAUUCCUUCUAGUAUUUCUAUCCUUCGUAAUUUAACUGAGCUAAGAAUCAGUGACCUACUUGGUGAGGGUUCUAAAUUUCCGUCCUUGAGUAACAUGAAAGGAAUGAAAAGAUUAAUGUUGAGGAGCUGCAAUCUCUCUGGAACAAUCCCUACCUAUAUAUCACAAAUGCCAGAACUCCAAAUUUUAGAUCUCAGCUUCAAUAGAUUGGAAGGAAAAGUUCCAGAUUAUAAAAAUCUAGACAAGCUAGAAUACAUGUUUCUGACAAGCAACUUGCUCACUGGGGCUAUUCCGAAGUGGAUCCUAGACAGAGAUGGUCGCGACCAACUAGAUCUUUCUUACAAUAACUUUUCAGAGGGCUCUGUGGAACCUACAGCUUGUCGAGAAACCCUAAAUGUGUUUGGAAGCUUUCUUGGAUGGAACAACUCAAAUACUUGGGAGUGCCAAAAGAACAAUCCUUGCGCAAAAGACCGGUAUUCAGUGCAUAUAAAUUGUGGCGGAAAAGCUAUCACCAGUGGAAACAUAAAGUACGAAGAGGAUCGGUAUGCAGCAGGUCCGGCAAGAUUUGUUCGUGCGAGUGAGAACUGGGGAUUAAGUACAAGUGGACUAUUUUGGGAUACUAACAGUACCUCAAAUGUAUACACAGUAAACAAUGUAUCAACACUCAGAAUGAACAGUUAUGAAUUAUACACGAGCGCACGCCUCUCCCCCCUUUCUCUCACCUAUUAUGUGCGUUGCUUGGCAAAUGGGAAUUAUACGGUGACACUAUCCUUUGCAGAGAUAGUAUUCAGGGACAAUAGAUCCUUUUACAGCCUUGGAAGACGGAUAUUUGAUGUUUAUAUCCAGGAAAAACGGGUGUUAAAGGAUUUUGAUAUUGAAAAUGCCGCACAAGGGGUUGAUAAAAACGUGUCUAGGACAUAUACAGCAGUUGUGAGUAAUAAAGUUUUACAGAUCCGCUUCCAUUGGGCUGGAAAAGGGACGACAGCUGUUCCAAAGAGAGGAAUAUACGGUCCUCUCAUAUCAGCCAUCUCUGUGGAAUCUGAUUUCAGUCCCCCUGUGAAGGUUGAGAUAUUUAUCGUGAUUGGAGCUGUAGUAUCAGUGUUAUUCCUCAUUCUAAUGAUUCUAGGUAUUCUUUGGUGGAAAGGAUGCAUAGGUGGCAAGAAAUCAAGGGAAACAGAACUGAGAGGAUUAGAUUUGCAAACUGGUUUUUUCACUUAUAGGCAAAUCAAGGCUGCCACUAAUAACUUCAAUGUUGCAAACAAGAUUGGGGAAGGAGGUUUUGGAUCUGUCUACAAGGGCGUUCUGUUAGAUUAUACCAUCAUUGCAGUUAAGAAACUUUCUUCGAGAUCAAAUCAAGGAAAUCGUGAAUUUGUGAACGAAAUUGGCAUGAUAUCUGCUUUAAAACACCCGAAUCUUGUUAGAUUGUAUGGAUGUUGUGUUGAAGGAAGUCAACUAUUCUUGGUAUAUGAAUAUAUGGAAAACAAUAGCUUAGCACGUGCUUUGUUUGGUAAGUUUAUUGCUUCUACUUUCUUAUUUUAUGUUGACUUUCAAAAGCAUAUGAACCAAAAACUACAUAUUGUUUAUAUUAAGAACCGAGUUGAUGAACUCCCCAUUGGAGUUGUUAUGAAAACUGCAGGUCCAGAGGAAUACCAAUUAAACUUGGAAUGGCCUACGAGGCAAAAAAUAUGUGUUGGGAUUGCAAGAGGUUUGGCUUACUUGCAUGAGGAAUCGACAAUAAAAAUUGUUCAUAGGGAUAUAAAAACUACAAAUGUGCUACUGGAUGGAGAGCUUAACCCAAAAAUUUCUGACUUUGGUUUGGCCAAGCUCGAUGAAGAGGAAAACACCCAUAUCAGCACCCGAGUUGCUGGAACAAUAGGAUACAUGGCACCCGAAUAUGCAUUAUGGGGUUAUUUAACCUACAAGGCAGAUGUUUACAGUUUUGGAGUAGUUGCGUUGGAAAUUGUCGCAGGGAAAAGCAACAUGAAAUAUCGACCAAAUGAGAAUUAUGUAUGCCUUCUAGAUUGGGGCCUUGUUCUACAAAAAAAGGGUGAUCUAAUGGAGCUAGUAGACCCAAAGCUAGGCUCCGAUUUCAACAAGGAGGAGGCCAUUAGAAUGAUCAAAGUAGCUCUACUUUGCACCAAUUCAUCUCCAGCGCUUAGACCCACCAUGUCUGCAGUAGUAGGCAUGCUCGAAGGCCAAACUGUUGUUAAUGAAGAUAUCAUGGAUCCAAGUAUAUAUGGUGAUGAAUAUGGGUUUGAAGCUUUAAGAGGCCAGUUUGAUCAGAUCCAACCAGUAAGUAAAAGCUUAAGUGGAGCUGAGAGCCUAAUUCAUUCGUCAUCAGUUCCAGCAUGGACUGGAACUUCUUCUUCUACCCAGGACCUCUAUUCAAUCAAUCUUGAUAGUCGAUAAUGUUAACAAAUAUUUUUCCCACCAUGGAAAAUGAUUUUUCUAAUGAGAAGGGCAAGAUUUAUAAAGAGAUCUUACAAUAGCAAAUUUAGAGAAUGAUGUGGUUUGAUGUAAUACGUUAGAUCAAUUUUAUAAUAAAAAAUAUUUUUACAAUUUAAUAUAUUACAUCAAAUUAUAUCAGUUUGUAAAUUUACUUUUGUAAGAUUUAUUUGUAGAUCAAGAAUUCUCUUUUCUAAUAAGUAGGUAGAUACUAUUUUUUAUUGGUGAUCCAAUAGCUAAUGGAACAACCAUGUACUUUUUAAGUUCAUAAUGCUGCUUGAGGCUUUUAGAAGAACGAUGAGGAAGAUUUUUUAUAAGACAACUUGAUAUUUUUCUUAUCAAAUUGUAUAAAUUAUGUGGGAAGUUUUAUGAGAACA